CGAUCAUCAUCACUAAUCUCCUAUAUUUUAUUUCACAUAUAAAACCCUCAAAAAAGAAAAAACACCAAAGCAAACAUCAUCAUCAUUUUUAUUGAACUCAUCGAAAAGGAAAAAAAAAAUAUGGAUGAAGAAUUACUAGAAUUACAAAGACAACUGGAAUCAGCCCAACAAGCCAAAUCAAGCAUUCGAUUAUCCGAAAGAAACGUUGUUGAAUUAGUUCAAAAACUUCAACUUCUUCAUAUUAUUGAUUUUGAUCUUCUUCACACUGUUUCCGGCAAAGAAUAUAUCACUCCUGAGCAACUACGUGUUGAGAUUGUGAAAGAGAUUGAGAAGUUAGGGCGUUUAUCAUUGAUUGAUCUUGCUGAUUGUGUUGGUGUUGAUUUAUAUCAUGUGGAAAAACAAGCACAAGUUGUCGUGGAUAAUGAUUCGUUGUUGAUGUUGAUUAAUGGUGAAAUAAUAUCGGAUUGGUAUUGGAAUAAUGUCUGUGAAGAGAUUAAUGACCGGCUUCAAGAAUGUAGUCAGAUUGCUCUUGCUGAGAUUGCGGCACAAUAUCAAGUUGGUUCGGAGUUACUUGUGACAGUUUUGGAGCCGCGUCUUGGAUCCAAGGUAAAAGGCAGACUUGAAGGUGGUCAGCUAUACACACCAGCAUAUGUUGCACGUGUAAACGCAAUGGUCCGUGGAGCUGCUAGGGCCAUCACCGUCCCUAUGAACUUGUCAGCAUUGUGGAGCUCAUUGCAGGUACUACUACAAGAAAUGGAUGGUGCUAGUGGUGUGGCUGUUGAAGGAUCAUUUUUUCAAUCAAUGUUCAAUGGAUUGGUGAAGGAAGGGCAGGUUCUUGGAUCAGUUCGUGCUGGAGUUCAUUGGACACCCAGUGUGUUCGCCAUCGCUCAAAAGGAAUGUGUAGAUUCUUUCUUUUCACAGAACUCUGUUGUCAGCUAUGAAGCUCUGCACAAACUUGGAAUUUCACAACCCGUUCAGUUUCUGCAGUCCAGAUAUCCUGAAGGCAUACCCUUAGUUACUUUAUUUGUUCACCCAUCAACUAUUGAGAUGCUGGAUUCUGCGGUAGAGGAUGUCAUUGACCGUGGUAGCUGGAUUGAUUCACUUUCAGUUUUACCAACAUCCUUUUCUUCCCAGGAUGCAAAUAAGAUGUUGUCUCUUUGUCCAUCCAUCCAGACGGCGCUUAAGGCUAAUAAAGCACUCAUUUUGGGAGAUUCAUAUGUUUUCAGCACUGGAUUUGUCAAGGAUCUUUAUGAACGUAUGGAGAAAGAUUUAGAUAACAUUAGUUUAUCUGGGCAUACAGAUGACCCUCAUGUUACCAAAGUUGCUAAAUUAGGGCAAGAAGCAAACAGCAAUCUUGAUAUUAAUGACACGAGUAGUGAAAGUGGGUCCAAUAAACAAUCAGCAGAUAGAGGAUCAAGGAAAAAGAAAGGAAAAACCAACACAAACACAAAAAAUAGUGCAUCUGAUAAUAUCUUGGAUGAUCAAGAUCCUGCUCCUGCUAAAUCAAAGAAAAAUCAGAGAAAAGGCAAGGGUACAUCUUCAUCGCAGGGGUCCGACCCAAAGUCUAGUAAAAUAAAAGACGAAACUCGUGGUAUGUUUUCAGAAGAAGAUUUAUGCCAAAAGAUAACUGAAAUUGUUCCAGACUUUGAAGAUCAAGCUGUUGAUCCAGAGACAGUUCUUGUGCCCUUAGCAAGUCAUUUACGACCCAUGCUGCUAAAUGCGUGGAAUGAGAGGAAAAAGGCCUCAUUUACUGAUAAUACACAGAAAAUCAAACGUGUGCUUGAUAAUUUGCAAAAGAAACUUGAUGAGUCUUCAUUGAAUUUGCAGUUAUAUGAGAAAAGUUUAGAAUUGUUUGAAGACAACCCAACCACUUUGACUCUUUUGCACCGACAUUUACUAAGAACUGCCGCUGCUCCUAUGGUUGACAUGCUGUUAUCAAACAUGGAUAUGCUCAAUAAGUUGAGAAAUGGUGCUGAUGUUCAAGACUUCGACAAUACAGAAUUUAUUUCACUUAGCUCGGGGGAUCGCAUUACUCUGGCAAAGAAUUUUGAAGGGCCUCUAUCUGUAAAGGCUAAUGCAGUUGUCGAAACUUUGGAAGGGAAGAGUGUUGAAGCGUAUAUGACAGCACUAAGAGCAUUUGCAGAUGAAUGUGGGUUAACCGUGAAAAAGCUUGACAAGAAAUUGGAAAGAACUCUCCUUCAUUCAUAUCGCAAGGAUUUAUCUGCUCAAGUUUCUGCUGAAACUGAUCCAGUUGCCAUUCUGCCUAAAGUUGUUUCUCUACUUUAUAUACAGUUUUACUCAAGAGCUCUUCAAGCACCAGGGAGGGCCAUUUCAGUUGCAAUCUUUAAGUUAAAGGAUAAAUUAGAUGAUUCAGCGUACAAAACCCUAGAGGAGUACCGUGCUGCAACGGUGACACUUUUGCAGCUUAUAUCAGCAGCAACAGGCGAUGAAGAAGAUUGUACAUCUGACAGGACUUCAAGCAAAAAGGAGCUUCUGGAGAGGUUGAUGCCGACAUUGAAAGGCCUAGUUGCUCGUCCUUCACAAUAGGUUCUUCUAACAUUUAAGAUACUCCAAACAAACCAAAAGCAUCAUCCGAUUUGGAGAGACAAGCAAUGUUGUUAAUUUUGGCUGCCUUAGUUUUUAGGAGAGCUUAAGAUGUAGAAAGGAAUGUCAGGAGUCUCUUGUCGAUGCAAAGUAGCCGAGUAUGUUAUGUUUUUUUUGGAUGGAUACUUGUUAGUUUAUAAUGGUGGAUAUAGACUAGACGGUAAAGUAAAUCAAUGAAGAAUGUAAGCAAAACAUGCCAUAUAAAAUAUAGAAAUGAUAAUAGUUUUGAGUAUUA